AUGACAGUAACACAAUUCCCACCGCUUCGUAUGUUAAAACUUCAAAUCCGGGCCCUUUUGCGUGCGCCUCCCCGCCCUCCACCACCGAGAUAUUUGACAAUACUAACGAUCCUUUUUCCCCGGGAAUCAUAUAGUCUCACAAGAUGAUUGUCAAAAAUAUAAAGUUCCAUUGAAAUGGAGAGAUAGAUGCGCAGCGUAUUUUGCACUUUACCAAACGUGUCUAAUCAGGCAAAGUGCCAAUUCGUCUGUCAGCUGUAAGCACGAUAAACAUUCAUGGGAAGAAUGUGAGAAUUUGGACUUGAUUAGAAGAAAAGAAGAGUUGAAAGUUGCCAAGGAUAAGAGAAGAGAGGAGUUGGCUGCUGCUAAAGCUCAAGCUCAAGAUGACGACGAGUAG